AUGUCUGAGAGCAAAAGAGCACCCGGGGCCACUGCGAACCACAGAAGCCGGGUCAUCAGAGUCACUGUCAAGACCCUCAAGCGCAAGGAGCAAUUUGAGGUGGCCGACAGCACCCGCGUCCAAGAGUUCAAGAAGCUGAUCGCUGACCGCUUCAAGACACCCCCUGAGCAGCUGUCCCUCAUCUUUGCUGGUGAGAUUCUCAAUGACCAGGAUACACUUGUGCAGCGCAAGAUUGGGGAUGGGUCCAAAGUCCAUCUCUUCAUCAAGUCCCAGAGGAAGCCCUCAGGCAACCCAGGGGACAAUCCAGCUGCGCCCACAGCCUUCCCGCCAAUGCCAGUCACUCGAGAGAUUUCCUCAGAACACAGUCUGGACCUAUCGGAUUGGAGCAACCAGCCUGAAGACCUGAUGGCCUCCUGCCACGAAAUUGUGGCCCAGACCAUGGAGAACCUUCUGCUCCAGAUGGUCACGCUGAACCUGGAUGCCUCUGCCUUGAACAGCAACCCGCUUCUCCUGGGCUUCCUCAUUGGAGUCACCGGCAUGAACGUGCUGGACUUAAAUGCCCAAGACGUUUCUGACUUUGUCAGCGAAGCCCAGGAGCAGGAUGUGACCCGACAGGAGCUCAUCAUUGAAGUGAUGCAGCACCCCUUUGUGCAGAACCUUUUUGGGGACACCGAACAAGUCAGGCAGAUGAUCAUGUCUGUGCCUCAGAUGCAGCAGCUGGCCGAACAGAACCCUGAGAUCAACCACAUCCUCAACAACUCUGAAUUCCUGCGGGAAAUGAUUGAUGUGGCCACCAGCCCAGCUGUCAUGGAUGAGAUCAUCAGGAACCACGACCGAGCCCUGAGCAACCUGGAGAGCACCCCGGGGGGUUACAGCGCCUUGCAACAGCUGUACAACGACAUUGAGGUACCAAUGCUGAACGCGGUGCAGGCCCAGUUCCAGGGCAGUUCAUUUCCUCUCUCAGACACCAAACCUUCCCCUGGGGGGAUCAGCCCCCUCUCCCGGACAGAGAACAGGGAACCCCUGCCGAACCCCUGGGCACCCCAACCGAAUAGCAGUGGUGGUGACAACAUAUGUAAUGGUGACAUCAGCAAUGCUGGUAACGGCGCUGAGCAAGGUUACAUCCUGCUAGCGUUGGGCCCCGGAGUCCGGCAAGGACCUAGCAAGACAGAAAGCAUCCAAAACAUGGUUCAUCAGCUCACAGACAACCUGGAAUUCAUGCAGAACAUCUCCAACGCCCUCACGAAGCCUAACGGCCCCGCUCAGACGUUCCUCAGUCACUGCAACUCCCCGAUGAGGAAUGAGGGGCCUCCGCCUCAGGAGUGGCCCCAGCAGCUCCCGUCCAAAGUGGCCAAGUCAGCCUCUGCCCUGCUGCUGACCAACCCCCGAGCGGUCCAGGCUCUCCUCCAGUUGCAAAUGAGCCUGCUGAUUCUCACCAGGGAAGUCCCCGAUUUCCUGCAAGCUCUGACAGACCCCGAUGUUGACCUAGAAAGCAUGGAAGACUCGGAGGAGGGGGACAGCCCGUCUUCAGAAGCAGAGAGCUUCAUCUCCAUUGAAGAAAGCUUGGAGCUGGAGAGCAACGCCUCCAAAGCAGAUGAUGAAGAAAAGGAGGAGGAGGAGGAGGAGGAGGAAGACAUGGAACAGCAAGCUCCAGAGGCCCUUUACCAGGUCCAGUUGGAGCAGCUCAGAGCGAUGGGCUUCCCCAACCAGGAACUGAACCUUCAGGCUCUAAUGGACACAGAAGGAGAUAUCAGUUUGGCAAUUGAAAAGCUAACAAACUCUCGUGCAUCCUAG